GGGGCGGUGCGCGGGAAGAGAACCCGGGGCACCCGCGGCGGCAGGGGAGACCCGGAGGGGGGCAGCGAGCUGGGGUCCAGUCCGGGGCCCGCCGCCUUUCACAACCCGGCCGCAGGGAGCAGCAUGAAGUGUCUGGUUACGGGCAGCAACGUGAAGGUGCUCGGCAAGGCCGUCCACUCCCUGUCCCGUAUCGGGGACGAACUCUACUUGGAGCCCCUGGAAGACGGGCUCUCCCUCCGGACCGUGAACUCCUCCCGCUCGGCCUAUGCCUGCUUCCUCUUUGCCCCGCUCUUCUUCCAGCAGUACCAGGCGGCCACCCCUGGUCAGGACCCGCUGCGCUGUAAGAUCUUGAUGAAGUCGUUCCUGUCAGUCUUCCGCUCGCUGGCGAUGCUGGAGAAGACCGUGGAGAAAUGCUGCAUCUCCCUGAAUGGCAGGAGCAGCCGCCUGGUAGUUCAGCUGUACUGCAAAUACGGGGUGAGGAAGACUCACAACCUGUCCUUCCAGGACUGCGAGUCCCUGCAGGCUGUCUUCGACCCAGCCGUGUGCCCCCAUGUGCUCUGUGCCCCAGCAAGGGUCCUGGGGGAGGCUGUUCUGCCCUUCCCCCCUGCGCUGGCUGAAGUGACGCUGGGGAUUGGCCGUGGCCACAGGAUCAUCCUGCGUAGCUACCAGGAGGAGGCAGACAGCACCGUCAAAGCCAUGGUGACCGAGAUGAGCAUCGGGGGGGAGGAUUUCCAGCAGCUGCAGGCCCAGGAAGGGGUGGCCAUCACUUUCUGCCUCAAGGAAUUCCGGGGGCUCCUGAGCUUUGCCGAGUCAGCGAACUUGUCUCUCAGCAUUUACUUCGAUGGCCCUGGCAGGCCAGCCAUCUUUGCCAUCAAGGACUCUCUGCUAGACGGCCACUUUGUCCUGGCCACGCUCUCAGAGCCGGACCCGCACCCCCAGGACCUGCGUGCCCCGGAGCUCCAGCAGCCAGCGCCUCAGCUUCAGGCUCACAGCACGCCCCACCUGGACGACUUUGCCCUUGAUGACAUUGACUCGUACAUGAUCGCCAUGGAAACCACCGUGGGCAGUGAGGGCUCACGGACACUGCCCUCCACCUCCCUUUCACCUGGCUUCCAGCCCCACUGUAGCCCUGGCUCCCACUCAGAGGAGGAAGAUGACACCGAGCCCAGCACGGUGCCUGGGACUCCCCCACCCAAGAAGUUCCGCUCGCUGUUCUUUGGCUCCAUCCUGGCCCCUGCACACUCUCCCCAGGGGCCCAGCCCCGUGCUGGCUGAAGACAGUGAGGGGGAAGGCUGAGCCGAGAGGUCCUUGGAGGACUGGACCAGAGGAAGCCCCAGCCUCCCCAUCUCCCAGCGCCAACCAGGGGCGGGGCCAGCUCUCCUCCAGGGUGGGUGGUAGAGGUGGGCUGUGCUGGAGCUCAGCUGGCUGGUCCUGCCGCCUCCCCCAGGCCCUGCUCGGCUAUCUGUGACUGGCCUGGGUCCUGUCGUCUCCCUUCGGCCCCCAGUCAAUCAUGUCUGUUCCCAGUCUUGGUGCCGAGCUGCCACCUGCUGGGAGGCCCCUCACCUCUUUAUCCAACCAUGCGGCAGGGUUGGGGGCCUGCGUUCUCUAAGCCCACCUCCCUAAGAAAAAAACCUCGGUGGGGCUGCUGGCCCCUGCUGAUCCACCUUCUCUGCCAACCAGGACCUGUCCCUCCCUCAGAUCCUGGGUACACCUCGGGGAUCCCCUGUGCCCGGCACACACUGUUUUGCUUGCUUUUCCAAAACUCUCUGGCCCUGACUUGGAAAUUCCAAAGGCCCCUGUGACCUGAGCGUGUGGCUGGUGUUUCCCUCGCUCGGGCCCCAUGCCCAGCAAGCCUCCCAAGUGGCCCUAGGCAGAAGAGGUCGCCAGGCGCGGCAUUUCGGACAAGGGAGACAGACGCCAUGGCGAGAAUCCAGCUUUGACCUUUAUUCGAGAGACCAGAUGGGUCGCCCCAGGAUCCGGCUGCCAGCCCUGAGGCCAAGCAAGGCUGGGGACCCACAAUCUGGCCCUGCUCUGCCCUGAGCUGCAGCCUCAGCCCCAGGAUCCUGCCUGCAGCCACUGCAGGUGCAGGUGGAAGGAGCCCUGGGGGUUGGACGCUGCUAUUGAUUCAUAAAAAAAA